AUGAUUGAUAUGUUAAAUAAAAGAUUAGAUAUAGAAAAAGAAAAAGGCAACUUUUAUUUUCUUCCUAAACAUUUAAAAAAAAAAAAAAAAUCAAAAUUAAAAAAAAUGAUUAUCUUAGAAAAAGAAGUAAAAAAUAAAAUUUAUUUUGAUAUUCUACAAAAAAAGCAAAAUGAAAAUAUCGCUAAAGAUUUGUGUUACAACUUAAUUAAAAAUCAAAUUAAAUGGAAAUUAAAAAAUUAUACUUACAAAUUUUAUUGUAGAAAAUAUAUGCAAAUAUAUAUCUUUAAAGGAAAAAGAAUAGGAAAAAGAAUUUCCUUUAUUAAUAAUUAUGAUAUUAAAGAUAAUAAUUACAUGAACAUAAUAGAAGAAAUUAAUAAUUUAAAAAAUUUUAUUUUAUUAAAUAAAAAAUAUUUAAAAAAAAAAAAAAAAUUAGAUAAAAUAAAAAGUUAUAAAAAAAAUAUGAAAAUACAUAACAGCAAAAAUAAAGUAGCAAAUAUACAAAAUGAGUAUUUUCACAAUGAUAUCAAGUAUAACAAUGAAGAAAAUAAAACUCAAAAAUAUGAAAUUAAUAAAAUGAGAAUAAAAGAAAUGAACUAUAAUGUAGGUAAAGAAAAUGAUAGCAAUCACAUGAGGUGUAUGUUAGUUGAGCAAAAUACAAGUAAUAUAAAGAAUGAAAAUAUUAAAAUUAUAAAAAAUUAUGAAGAGAAAUUUACAAAGAAUGAAAUUAUGAAUAGAAAAAAAUUGAACACUGAGGUUGUAAAUAAUGAAAAAUACAGAAUACAUAAAAGUAUGAAUGAAAAUAUGGAUAAAGAUAAGAUAAAAGAAAGUAUAAUAAAAAAUGAUAAAAUUUUAAAUUAUAUUCAAGUUAGUAAAAUAGAAAAAAAAAUUUAUAUAAAUGAUUAUGUAGACCACAAAAUAACUGAUGAAUUGAAUAACUUGGUUAAAGAAUUUCUAAAAAAAAUUGCAAAAUCGCAUGAAAAAUUAUUAUUAAAAAAAAAAAAAAGAUACUAUUUAGGAUUAAAAGAGAGUUAUAAGCAUAUAUGUAUAAAUGAGCCAAAACUAGUAAUAGUCGCACCUAAUAUAGAACCAAUGGUUAAUAAUGCAUUUGGUGAUUUAUUAGAGAAAAUAAUUUAUAAGUGUAAAGAAAAAAAUAUUCCUUUAAUAUAUGCAUUAAGCAAAAAUUUACUAGGUAAAUGCAUAAGUAAAUCUAGACAAUCAAUUAUAUGUGUAAUUGAUAAUGACUCAUAUAUAAAAGAAUGUAAUGAUAUUAUAACUUUAGCUAACUCUCUUAAAAUAUAUAAAUAA